CUACUCUGUUUUUGGAGUGUUGGAAAAGAGCCAAUCAUUCGCUACAAUAUAAUUGGGAUGUCACACAAUUUGAAGCAGAGGAAUUACCAAGACCAGAAUUUUAUGGAACUAGACCUCGUAUUUCGCCAAUUACCAUGAAACCUGAAAUUUAUUUUCCAGAGAAUGAAAAGCUAAAAAAGGUUAUAAUUUCUGGAAUUAUCAUCGUGGUUUCAUUUAUAAGGAGUUUGAUAAAUAGAUCUGAUGUUACAACAGGAUGUGAAUAUAACAAUUGCUUUACAGAACUUACUAUUCAAUUAGCAAUCGUUAUGAUUGGGCAACAAACGUUAGGACAAAUUAGUGAAAUUUUUAUUCCUUUUGUUAAAAGUCACAUAAAUAAGAAAAAAAUAAAACAGAAAAUUAAUGAAUUACUUGUAAAAUAUGACAAUGUGAAUUCCGGAAGAAAACUCCAAGGAGUUCCACAAUGGAUAAAAGAUGAUGAUUUAGAUAGACCUCCACAAAUACAAAAUAACGAAUUUGUAGAAAUUG